ACAGUGGUUCUCGUUUGCUUCUGGUCCCGUUCAUGGUGGUUGUCGUCCCCCCUAACAGGUAUAGUGGUGGUUUGUAUUUCCUUUCUUUCUCUCUUUCUUCACUUAGAAGCAUUUUUUCUUAUCUUUGUAUUAAUGAGAGCAUUUAUUGUUCUGUGUAUUACUAUCAUUACCAACUAUCCCAUCUCAUUUAUGAAUGCACAAUUAUCUAUUCCUUUUCCUCUUCCAUUUCUUUGUUCUCCGUCUAUUAUGCUCCCCAUUUAUUGUCCUCUGUGCCAUUACUUCUGAUUUUUCAACCUCUCCAACAUCAUUACACCCUUGGAGAUUGUAAAAUGGAGGCGGAUAUUUGGUUUUCUGAGGUUAAUAGGGCUAUUUUCAUCAUUGUUGCUACUCCGGUGGAGGCUAGGGAUGUGACCUCUGAAUUUUCGAGAAGGCAGCUCAGGGGACUCUGGUUCUUCCUUUAUAUAGUGCGAUUGAGAUUGUUCCAGAUCGAGGAAAGCUUGGAAACACUCAAGUAUAUGGAUGCGCAACAAGUUUCUUCUACUCAACAGGUGGAUAUGUUAGAUUUGCAUGGCUUACCUGCAGGGGUUUCCCUCCAGCUUUUUACAGAUGCAGCCAUUGAUACUUCUCGUAAAAGAUAUAGCAUUGGGGCUGUUGUUAUGAACUCUUCGAAUCAGGUUAUUGCUGGUUUUGUGAAGCCUUUUGAAGGUUGUGUUUCGCCGGUGAUAGCUAAAGCCAAGGCGAUUCUUCAAGCUUUGCAAUGGGUUACUUGUAUUCAUCUUCCUGUUGAUGUUCUAAAAACAGAUUGUAAAUCUAUUGUAGAUAAAAUAAGUUCCUCUAAGAGGGGUUGUAAUGUUCUGGAUGAUUUUAUCACUUGUAUAAGGGGCUUAUUAUCUAACUGCCCACUCCUUAGUUUGAGUUUUGUGAGAAGGGAAUCUAACCUUCUUGCUCAUCAAGUGGCUAGGUGGGGUCUUGGGCUUGAUAGUGAGCUUAUAUGGAAUGGUUCUCUACCUUCCAUUUAGUUUCUUGUGUAUCUUUGUUGUUUUUGUAAUACACAAGAUUAUUUUCAAAAAAAAAAAA